AUGCAAUACCAGUCGUUGAAUCCUGGUCUCCCCGCGCCAGUAACCGCAGGGAGCGCCGUCAACGGCCUUCUGGCCAACUCCGUGACGCUUCUCGGCCUAGGAUCCAUGCUGAAAUCUGUAUUUCCUAGUCUUGCGGGGCAAUUCUCUGCCUCGCAGAUCUCGAACAGCAUCAAGUUGUUCCUCCUUGGCUCGACCAUCGAGUUGGGGAGAAGAUCCUGGGAGUGGAUCUACACACGGUUCCGCCCAAAGCUAUUCAUCAGUGCAACAUUUAUUGAUGGUGAUCCCGUCCACGAGUGGAUUAUGAUAUUCCUGGCGCAAAAACGGGUCUGGUACCAUGCACGGGACUACACCAUCCAAUACAAGACAUCAACGCAGCAAUGGGGCGUCACCGUCAUCCGGCCUGAAGAAGCGCCGACACAAGGGGGCGCCGAAGACGUCGAGGAACUCGAGGGAACGGUCUCGUUCCUUCCGAACUACGGCACGCCCCAGCUCUUUCGCUGGAACGGAUACUGGGUCGAGGUCAUUAGGGAAGCGCCCCAAACCCAGGGUCUCCCGCAUGAGAUCAAAGCAUCGAAUGGCCCGGGUACUCUGCGCCUGAACCUGUACACCCUCAACCAGGGCGCGCUCAGGGACCUCAUCCAGGAAGCAAAGCGCUACUACAUCACGGAGAGCAAGCAGCAGGUCGUAGCAGUUCUGGACGGACUCAAGAAGAAGCCCUACCGACCCCUCGACUCAGUCAUCCUCCCACAGGGUGUGUUGGACUCUAUUGUUAACGACGCGCGUAAAUUCAUCACGUCUGAACAUUGGUACACGCGCGCUGGGAUUCCGUACCGUCGUGGAUAUCUGUUGCACGGACCACCGGGGACUGGGAAAAGUUCCACUGUUUAUGCCUUGGCGGGGGCGCUCGGCCUUGAAUUGUAUACGCUCUCCCUCUCGACGAGCGGCCUCACCGAUGCAACGCUCCAAAUGGCCGCCGACAAUAUCCCCAAACGCGGGAUCCUCCUCAUCGAGGACAUCGACUGCGCAUUCCCCUCCCGUGACGAUGAAGAGGAGCAGCAAAGACAAGCACAGGCGAAGGCGUCCGCUUCACGCGUCGCUGAGAACAUGGUGAUGGGCAUCCCGCCGCCGCCAGGCCGCAGCUCCGUCACGAUGUCGGGCCUUCUCAACGUUCUAGACGGCGUGAACAGCGAAAACGGGAAGAUAUUCGUGGCCACGACCAACUAUGUUGACAGGCUCGACGAUGCGCUGUUGCGCCCGGGCCGUAUCGACAUGAAGGUAGAGUACAAGCUCGCGAGCAAGGACCAGGCAGCAGCAAUCUUCAACCGGUUUUUUGCCGUUCCGGAAGAAGCGCCGGCAUCGUUUGAGAAGGUGCCAUAUGAAGGAUCCGUCUACCACCCAUUGGCAGACGAAUUCGCAUCUCAGUUCCCGGAUAACGAGUUCACAGCUGCGGAGCUUCAAGGCUAUCUCCUUUCUUUCAGGAUGCUUCCAAAUGCGGCGUUGGAUGGUAUUUCUACGUGGAUCGCCCGUGAAAGGGAGGAGCGCCUCGCUAAGUCGGAGAGGGAGAAACAGAGGAAGGCCAAAGCGAAGGAAGCGAAGCAAGACGCAGUCGCGCAGAUGGCGCCGCUGGAUAUGCUGCCUUGGCCAGCGCCUGGUUCGAUCAUCGUCGGCGUACCGCCACCGCCAACAUUGAACCAGCCGGGUUUGGAGAGAGACAACAAUGCGGGGUCGGACAAGCUGACCAGUGCUCCGCCUCUGGAUGUACCUGCCACCAAGGAGAUGAAGGAGAUGAAGGUGGUUCUGUCUGACUGA